AUGGCGCCCCGCACUGUGAUCCCGAUCGACAAGAAUUGGGAGUUCAAGCAGGCCGACAAGGAGGAUAGCAAAUAUCUGCCUGUGGGUCAAUUCCCUACCAACGUGCACCUCGACCUGCUCGCUCAUAAGAUUAUCCCCGACCCUUAUAUUGGUAAGAAUGAGAUUGAUGUGCAAUGGGUCGGCGAAGCAGUCUGGGUUUACAGGACAAACUUUGCGACUCCUACAAUUGGGAGCUCUGCGAAAGCGGUCUUGGCAUUUGAUGGAUUAGAUACCUUUGCGACUGUGGUGCUUAACGGGAAGACUAUUCUAGAGACAGAGAAUAUGUUCAUACCCGAACGCGUCGACGUCACAGCCGACUUGAAGGAGGACGGCGGGGAGAACGAACUCGUUAUCACAUUUGAUAGCGCAUAUUUGAGAGGCUGGGAAUUGGUCGAGAAAUAUCCGGAUCACAAGUGGGGAUGUUGGAACGGUGAUAACUCGAGGUUGGCCGUGCGGAAGUCUCAAUAUCACUGGGGCUGGGAUUGGGGUCCGUCAUUGUUGACCUGCGGCCCCUGGAGACCGAUCAAUCUCGAAGUCUAUGAGUCGCGUAUCACCGAUCUUUGGGUCGACAUUGACGUUGAUAAAUCUCUAAAAUUUGCCACCAUAACUACACAUGCUUCUACGGAAGGCAAAGCCUCAGGAGUUUGGUUUGACAUCUCAUACAACGGUACGCCUAUUGUAAGCCAGGCAGUAGCAUCUGGUGGAAAUGCUACAUUUACAAUUGACAACCCAAAACUGUGGUAUCCGGUACGAUAUGGUAAGCAACCUCUAUAUACAGUCACAGCGACCUUAGACGAAGACGGCAAGAUCAUAGACAGCGUGUCAAAGAAGAUCGGCCUACGGAGAGCAGAGCUCGUCCAGAGACCACUUAAGGGAGAGCCUGGUACGUCGUUCUUUUUUGAGGUCAACGGGAUUCCCAUUUUCUGCGGUGGCAGCGAUUGGAUUCCUGCCGAUAACUUUAUCCCGCGGAUUAGUAAGGAGAGAUACUACGACUGGGUUAAAUUGGUAGCGGAUGGUAACCAGUUUAUGAUCCGUGUGUGGGGAGGGGGCAUCUACGAAGAACAAGCUUUCUACGACGCCUGUGAUGAGCUUGGCAUCCUUGUAUGGCAAGACUUUAUGUUUGGCUGUGGCAACUAUCCCGCCUGGCCUGGACUUCUAGACUCGAUCAAACGAGAGGCGGAAGAGAAUAUUAAGCUACUAAGACACCACCCGAGCAUUGUAAUCUAUGCUGGAAACAACGAAGAUUACCAGUAUGCAGAGAGCGUCAAUCUCACAUGGGAGCAGGAUAACAAAGAUGCCAAGAGCUGGUUAAAGACUGAUUUUCCUGCACGCUACAUUUACGAGAAGAUUCUUCCCGAUGCGUGCCGGGAAUUAACCCCGUCUGUCUACUACCAUCCUGGAAGCCCCUGGGGAGGUGUUGAUACGCGAGACCCUACCGUGGGCGAUAUUCACCAAUGGAACGUCUGGCAUGGCACUCAGGAGAAAUAUCAGAACUUCGACAAACUAGUUGGGCGUUUCGUAUCCGAGUUCGGCAUGGAGGCUUUCCCAUCGGUGAAGACGAUAGAUGCUUUUCUCCCUCUUGGCAAAGACGACCCAGAUCGGUAUCCACAGUCCUCUACGAUAGACUUCCAUAAUAAAGCAGACGGACAUGAGCGGCGCAUAGCAUUGUAUCUAGUUGAGAACAUGCGGUAUGCGCCAGACCCACUCGAGCAAUUUGUUUACAGCACACAGUUGAUGCAGGCUGAAUGCCUGGCGUCGGCAUAUCGGCUUUGGAAAAGGCAGUGGAAAGGCCCAGGCCGUGAAUAUUGUUCUGGGGCGCUCGUUUGGCAGAUUAAUGACUGUUGGCCAGUCACUAGCUGGGCUAUCUGCGAUUACUACCUGCGCCCCAAGCACGCCUACUUUACCGUCAAGCGUGAGAUGGCGCCGUUAUCGGUUGGCAUGACACGGCGUGAGCACAAAUACCCGCGCAAUAAAUACACGCGCGUAGAUAUAGAAACGAAAGUACAAAUCGAGAUAUGGGGCAGCAACCUUACCCUCGAGGACCUAACAGUAGAUUGCGUGGUAAAGGCCUGGGAUGUCGAUACCGGGAGGGAAACGUACAGUGAGACAGUCAACAAGGAGCCUCUCGUCCUCCCCAAGAACCAAUCUACCGAGAUCGUGGCCUUCGAUGUACCGGAGACAAAGAAAGACGAGGGUAUUGAUGCUUCGCGAACCGUUGUGGCCGCGUACUUGGUAAGCCGUGAUGGCGGCGCUCAACUUGCGCGUUACGUCAACUGGCCAGAGCCCCUAAAAUAUUUGCAUCUUGCCAAACCGACACAGCUACGUGCGGAACUAAGUGACGACCUCACCACCGUUAAUGUUUCAGCCGAGGUCCCUGUUAAAGGCGUCGCGGUCGAGAGCGAGGACGAUGAUGUCAAGUUUGAGGAUAACCUUGUCGAUAUCGUUCCUGGAGAGGUGGUGAGUAUUAAGGUGCGCGGUGCGAAGGAGACUACUACGAUUACCACUAGGUAUUUAGGCAUGAUCUAG